AUGCAAUGCAGUGCUCAAAAAUAUCUAUCUAUCUAUCUAUCUAUCCUUAAUAUAAACAUAUAUUUUUCUCUCUCUCUCUCUAUCUAUCUCUCUCUCUCUCUCUCUCUCUCUAGAGGAAAAGCCUAUGCAGUGCAAAUAAAAUAUCUAUCUAUCUAUCUAUCUAUCUAUCUAUCUAUCUAUCUAUCUAUCUAUCUAUCUAUCUCUAAGUCCCUCUAUUAUCUAUCUAUCUAUUUGAAUAUGUUUAUCUAUCUAUCUAUCUUUCUAUCUAUCUUUCUCAGACUUUUCAUCUCAUAUACACACUAUUCUUCUCUUUCACUCUCUCAAACACAAAUUAUUUUCUCUAUCUCUCUUUCUCUCUCUCUCUCUCUCUCUCUCUCCCUCUCUCUUCAUCUCUCUAUGCGAUGCUUAAAUGUAUGUUCUAUCUAUCUAUCUAUCUAUCUAAGAAGUGUGGAGAGAUUUCAGCACCGAGUGGCGAGAGUCAGUUUCGAACGCACCCUCCUCUCUCACUCUCUCCCAAAAAUAAGAGCCUCUUACUCCCCCCCUGCUCUCUCUCUCCCCUCCCUACUACUUCUCCCCCCUUCUCUCUUUCCAGUUGAUGAGUCUUUUACUCCCCCUCUCCCGUUAAUUGCUGAAGAGCCUUUUAUAAAAAUGUUCUCUCAAAAAAAACUUUUGAACCUUUCACUUUUCUCUCUCUCUCUCUCUUUUUAUAAAAUCAAGCCUCUUAAUUCCCUCCUUUCUCUCCUUACCACUUAA